UGUCUCUAAUUUUGUGAAAGGUUAGUCAUCUUUCAAGCCACGUGACAUUCUAAUGAAAGCAGAAGUGGAACGGUAAGCUAUGUCGACAGAAGCAGAUAACACAAGAAAAAUGUCAACAGGGUGCAAAAGCUUAGGAUUAACUGUUCCAAGCAAGAUUUUAAGGUUGUCAAAUGUUAGACCUACGAAAAUAAUGGAGUUCCAACGCUUAAAUUUGAAGAAGACAGUGGCAUGCCUGAUUGAAAAUUGCAAGAGCAUGAGAGAGCUCAAGCAGAUACAUUCCCACAUUACAACAUCCCCUCACCUUUUCAUCACUGACCGUUGGUUCUUAAUCUCUCGCCUUAUUUUCUUCUGCACGGUUUCUCAAUCAGGCUCACUCAGCUAUGCCAACACCGUAUUCAAACUCGUCCCUCGCAAAACUCUCUUCAUUUACAACGCGAUGAUCAGAGCUUAUGCUUCAAGAAUCCAUGACCCCACUUCAUCUCAGCCCUUAAUUUUAUACAAACAAAUGCUCUUUGAUGCUAUUACACCUGACUCUAUUACAUUUCCCUUCGUGUUAAAACAUUGCGCGAACAGAAUUGACGGAUUUGUCGGACCAAGUGUGCAUGCCCAUGUUGUUAAGUUUGGAUUUCAUAGUGAUGUUUUUGUGCAGAAUUCUUUGAUUAGUCUGUAUUCGCAAUGCGGGUCAGUGGAAAAUGCAAGGAGGGUAUUCGAUGAAAUGUCUAAUCGGGAUAUUGUUUCGUGGAAUUCUAUAAUAAUUGGAUGUUUGAGAAAAGGAGAGUUGGAUAUGGCCUUAGAGUUGUUUAGAAGGAUGAAGAAAAGGAAUAUUAUUACAUGGAAUUCGAUUAUCACGGGUUUCGUACAAGGAGGUAGGCCAAAGGAAGCUUUAAAACUCUUCUACGAAAUGCAAGUUUCUGAUGAUGGUAUGGUUAGUCCAGAUAAAGUGACAAUUGCUAGCGUUAUCUCGGCUUGUGCUUCUCUUGGAGCGGUGGAUCAAGGAAAGUCGGUACAUGAUUACUUGAAUAGAAGCGGAAUGGAGUGUGACAUGGUGAUUGCAACAGCACUAGUCGAUAUGUAUGGCAAAUGUGGGAGUGUUUCUAGAGCCCUUGAUGUUUUCAGGGCAAUGAAAAAUAAGGAUGUUUUGGCAUGGACGGUUAUGAUUUCUGCGUUUGCAAUUAACGGAAAUGGCAUAGAAGCUUUCGAGCUUUUCUUGGAGAUGGAAGCGGCUGGAGUUAGACCUAAUGCUGUGACCUUUACGGCGUUGUUGUCUGCUUGUGCACAUUCUGGCCUGAUAGAGAUAGGCCGCUGGUGUUUUCGUGUGAUGAAGCAUGCUUAUCACAUAGAGCCACAAGUCCAACAUUAUGCUUGUAUGGUUGACAUUCUUGGUCGAGCUGGUCUCUUUGAUGAAGCAGAAGGGCUAAUCAGAAGUAUGCCGAUGGAGCCAGAUGUUUUCGUUUGGGGUGCACUACUCGGUGGUUGUCAAAUGCACCGGAAUUUUCGGUCAGGAGAAAAAGUAGCCUGGUAUUUGAUUACUUUGGAACCUCUAAACCAUGCUUUUUACGUUAAUCUUUGCGACAUAUAUGCCAAAGCUGGAAGGUUUGAUCAUGUGAAGGAAGUUAGAGCCCUUAUGAAGAAGAAAGGGAUAGAGAAGCUUGUUCCUGGCUGUAGUACUAUUGAAGUUGAUGGAGUUGUCUACGAAUUUUCUGUAAGAGGAUCGCCUCAAGUUUUGAUGACGGAAAUAAAGUCCAUUCUAGCUAGUUUGAGUGAUGAGAUAGGAAGGAGAAUUAAUAUGAGUAUCGUUCUCGAAGCUGAUAAUUUUAUUACCAAGUGAAAAUACGUAUUUGAUUCUUCAAUAGAUCAUGUCUUCAUUGUUGGAAAAAUAGGAAAACAUAAUUGAAGAAGAAUUGGCUUUGAGGCGUGGAUAAAUCGACUUUCCUCAAAGAGAUAUUGCACAUAUAUAUAUUGGAGAAAUACAAGCAAUUCCCUUCAUGAUAUAGCAAAACCCAUAUUAUACCUAUAGAUUU